AUGAGCAAUCGCCUCAAAUUUGCAAAGUAUAUCGUAGACCGGCUGUCUAUUUAUAGCACAGCGAAUGCUUCGGCGAGUUCGCGCAGUCUGGAGGGCCAGUCGCUGGGUGCCGAACUUCAAGAGGCCUGUAUGGAUAUGCUCGCGCGUUAUACGUUUUCGAGUUGCAAAUCCGAUGUUGUCAGGU